AUCCCUGCCCCAGCCCUGCAAAGCUCAGGGUUCCCCCUGGCAGACAGAGCCCCAAGCCCUUUAAUUUGCCACUGAGCCCCGGGGGACUCCCAGCCACCUCUGCAGCUGGGAGCCCGUGCUUGAUUUAAAGGCCCUGGGGCUCCGAGCCACAGCUGGUUCUCCAGGGUCUUUAAAUCCGAGAGGCCACGCCUCUUCUGGAUGAGGCCAUGCCCCCUCAGGACUCCGGCAGUACCGGUAAGUCCUGUAAGUUACUUUCACCCCUGCCUUUUACACAAGAAAACAAAAUCUCCUCUGUUACUUUAAAAAAAAAAAAAAGAGACACCAAAACAACUCAGGCAAUUUUAACAAUGUUUUGUAAACACAUAAAAAAGGCAUUAGGCUGACUAUUUCUAUCCCAAGUUGAACCUGUAAUUUGAAAUCCUUUUGAAAAUCCUGAACACGAGGAUAUAUGCUUAACAAGACCUUCUGCAGCCUACCUUAGGAGAGUAGCUACAGAAUACUGUAUAGAAGUGAAGCAGUGAGUGGCAUUUUACAAUAAAAAAGUCAGACCAUAAAUAUAAAAAACAGAAGUAAAACAAAAAGCUCUGAACAUUGUGCAUAUGAACUUUAGUUUUGUUCUUUCAAAUGAGAAAUAAGGGUUAAAAAUACAUCUCAUUUUAGAAUGUUCUAAGACUUUCUUUCCAGUUCUGACAGAACAAUUCUGACAACCAGCAGGUGGUGUUUGUGCAAUUGUCAGCUAGUUCUCUGCCCCUGGAGAUGAAAUGCAAAACUCCACCUGCCAUAGUGGGGUUUGGAAGCAAGACUGAUUCUCCAAAUCAACUGCAUCAUUACACUUAUUUCAUACAGGUGGUUUUGAGCAGAACAACUAAGCAGAGUCAAGUUGAGGAUAUAUGUGCAUGUGGAAAAUGAAAUGCAAAGGAUUAACAGAGAAAUAGGACUCUCAAAGAGGACAGGAAAAUUUUAGUCACGUUUUCAGCUCAUUCAUGAACUAAGCUACUAUUUUUCUGAAGUUCUAAUAUUUCUCUUGGACUAUGAAAGUCUUUUAAACGCUUAGAUAAACUGAACAAUAUUGCUUUAGGUGCACAGUCAAAUAUGUUUAGUUGCUAUUCAAAAUUAAUCUUAGAACUGGUGCUCAAUGAGCAUUUGAAUCUACAAUUUUAUCCUCCCUCAAAAACAAAGGAAGGGUAAAAUGAAAGCUAUAUUAAGCAUCAUCAAGAUAGUUGAUAGAUCUGAGGGAAAAGAUUCAUGUCUAGUUCUGGUAAAGAAAAGGAACCAGCAGAAAUGGGGUUAAUUCUAGCCUUAAAAGGAAGACUCUGCAACACCACACUUCAAAUGAACACAAAUUAGAACGACCCUGGGAAUCUAUAAAGCCAUGUUUUAUUACCAAGGAUCUGCAGUAAGAUCUGCAUUUGCUGCAAAACAAUUUUCGUCAUUUAUUUAUGAUGUUUAACAGAAUAUGCUUUUAUAUGGAUGUUUUGUUACUAAAUUGUUCAACAGGUGACAUUCAGUGCAGCAUGGUAUCACCUAAAUAACAUUAAAAGUUUUUACUGCUGGUAUAGCUGAAAUUAACAUAUCCACUAACAGUGUAUCUGAAUAUAAACCAGCCUUAUGGUGUUUGGAAGAAAAUCAGAUCCGAACAAAUGACUAUGGAUGGACACACAGGAAUUAAAAGGUCCAAGGAUUUUCAGUAAUUGUUAAAAGGAAUGAACGAACCUAAAAUUCUACCAUUUUCCAAACCGCAAGAAGGAACAUUUGUGAAGAAACAUUUGUGUAUGUGCAAUUCAAAUAACCAUAAAGUUCAGAAAGGUCCUAUAUGAUCUGAAAGAUUAAUUUUCUCAUUUGUCUUGUGCAUGGCAUCUUACAGAUAGAAAAUUUCUUAAACAGUUUACUUUUCUGUAACUGAUAAAUUUCAGCCAAUUUCAAGCCUAAUUGGUUUGGCUUCCAUUCCAUUUCCAAACAGUUAAAACAUUUUAUACCAAAAAAGUAAACCUCUUUCCAAAUCCUUAAAAUGCUUGCUGUAACCUCUUUGGAAAUCUCAACAAUUUAACCAUUUUGGCACUGAAAGUCAAAGCGUGAAUACUGAUGUAAUCUUUCCAGCAGAGAUCCUAACCAUGGAAUCUUACACAGGAGCAGUAUCACCAUUAAUUUGUAACAGCACAUCUUUUGAACUAAAUGGAUCACAUUUAUGUAAUGAAAGCAUGUCUUCUGUCUUGGCUGAUAAAUCAGAAGAACAACAACAAUACAUUAUUGGACUUUUCUUAUCAUGCCUUUACACUAUUUUCCUUUUCCCUAUUGGCUUUGUGGGAAAUAUUCUGAUUUUAGUUGUGAACAUAAGUUUUCGGGAAAAGAUGACUAUUCCUGACCUGUACUUCAUAAAUCUUGCAGUAGCUGAUUUGAUUUUAGUUGCUGACUCCCUCAUUGAGGUUUUUAAUCUUGACGAAAAGUAUUACGAUAUCACUAUAAUUUGCACAUUCAUGUCUCUGUUCCUUCAGAUUAACAUGUACAGCAGCAUUUUCUUUUUGACAUGGAUGAGUUUUGACAGAUAUAUAGCACUUGCAAAAGUAAUGAGGUCCAACAUAUUUCGGACUAUGCAGCAUGCUAGAUUAAGCUGUGGCCUCAUAUGGAUGGCAUCUAUCUCUGCAGCACUAGUGCCAUUUACAGCUGUACAUUUGCAGCACACUGGAGGGGUCUACUUUUGUUUUGCAGAUGUAGAAGAAAUCCAGUGGUUAGAAAUAACCUUGGGGUUUAUAAUCCCCUUUGUGAUCAUUGGUCUUUGUUACUCAUUAAUUGUUCGAGUUCUUAUAAAAGCACACAAACACAGAAGUCUUCGACUACGGCGCCAAAAGGCUCUUCGAAUGAUUUUUGUAGUCGUCCUGGUUUUCUUUAUCUGCUGGCUACCUGAAAAUGUCUUCAUUAGCAUUCAGCUUCUUCAAGAGAAAGGAAAGACACUCUCUUCAGGCAACCAAUCUUUUCGGCAUGAUUAUCCCCUCACAGGACAUAUUGUAAACCUAGCAGCCUUUUCUAACAGUUGUUUGAAUCCUCUGAUUUACAGUUUUCUAGGUGAAACUUUUAGAGACAAAUUACGGUUGUAUGUUGAACAGAAAACUAAAAUGUCAACAUUCAGUCGUUUUUGUCAUGCUGCCCUAAAGUCAGUCAUUCCUGACAGCAAUGAGCAAUCAGAAGUUUAAUUUAGUAGCGCUGUAUAAAAACCAUAACUGAAAAUUGCACAAAUAUAGAACAAAACGCUUGCUACUAACAGUAAAAUAUAUGUAUAUAUAAUGCCUUGCUGAGUACUGAAGGGUUAUACUCUAAAUAUUUUUAAGACAAGACUUUAAGGUGGAAGAAUACAUUUUAGUCAGAUUUAUACUUAAUUAUCAGUAGGAUUACUAAAAGCUGACUAAUAAGGGGCCUUUAGUUUGCAUUAUACAUGUAUGAAUGAUAAUUUAUCAGAAAAUGUUAUCAGACUAGGAAGAAUCGAGAUAACUCAAUUAUCAGAGAAUAGCUACUUUGCUGUCAUAUGCUAGGUUUUCCCAUUUAAAAAAUGAAGCUGACACAACAGUGGGAAAACUCAUUACAACACAUUGAUGUGGAGGUGCAGAAAAAAAGUUAUUGAUUUUCCAUCCAAAGAUAGCCAUUUGACAACUUUGCUAAGAACUACUGUGCUGUACACAGUGCUGGAUAUGUUUUCUGUUCUAACAUACAUCUCAGGCAUUGAUUUUUUUUGUUUCUCUUAAUGUAAUAUAGAGCUAGAAUGAAGAUUUUUUUCCCCUACUUUGUAAUGUUCACAUCAACACAUCAUCAAAUCUGAAGUCACGCACAGUAUCCUGCUCACCUAUAUUACCUUAUCUCAGAGAAUCCAUCAAAACAAAAUUUACUGCUUCAUUUUAUUUUUGAAUAUUGUCCAUAGGAAAAUGAGAGUCUUUUGUCACAAGCACAAACUACAGAUUAAAGUGUCAUAAUUAAUGAAACUACUGCUAUCUUCAUUUAAUGUGUGUAUGUAUAUAUAUGGCGACUUAAAUAAAUGUGUUUGUGUGUGUAUGUAUGUAGGUAUACAAAUACACACACACACACACUUACAUCAGUCACCACAUUUAAAUUUUAAUAUUGUAACAAUAUCUGUCUUGGUUGUAAGAAUGGAAUAUUGUUCUUUUUUUUUUAAAACUGCCUUCUGCAAAAAAUGACAUUGUAAGAAACUCAUUAAAAUGUUGGAAGCCUCA